ACCCUUAUACACAUUCUGGGUGCGAGUAGGGUGCGAUGGGAGGGAAGAGGGUGCCAGGAGUGUAUGCGCUAUGAUCCGUGUCACGUGGGCGUUGGGGAUGGGUAGGGAGAAGGAAUUCGUGCCAUAUUAAUGUCCUGAAAUGGCAGAUGGCAAGGUUCGUUAAAAUUUUAAAAACCUCACAAAGCUCAGAUGAAGACUGAUGUCAAUGGCUGCGACUACGUUGACACGUUUAUGUGCGCCGUAGCAAUGCCUUGCCACUUUUUUGGUUUCAGACGAAGAGUUCAGUGUCUUACAGGACUGGCUACCAAACAUGAGGAGACUUUCACUAUGUUUCUUGAGUCUUGUGACUCGUAUCAGUGCAGUCACAACCCCACCAAGCAUUUUUCGGCAGGCAUCUAAGAAUGUUCUUUACAAAGCAGGAAAAACUGUAGAAAUAACAUGUGAAGCACACGGCUCGCCGAGACCAGUGUACACCUGGAAACGUAACGGAAUUGACUUCAGUCCAAGCGGAAAUGACGAUCGCGUAGUCCAGCUUCAGAAUAUUGGGACACUUGUCUUCACUAAGCCCGAAGCUAAAGAUGAGGGCAUAUUUCAGUGUUUUGCAACAAACAACUACGGUGUGUCGGCAUCGGUCAAAGUGAACUUAAGAGAGGCAAAACUAAAGGACUUUCCGAUCAUGCCAGACGUCCAUAGGAACCCUAUAUUAGGCUCAGACUUAACACUGGACUGUGUUCCCCCUGAGAGCAUACCCGUACCAGAGGUGUUCUGGGCUCUCAGAAGGCCAGGAGGAGGUUUUGAUCCCUUGAAUCUUGAUGCACGUGUCACCAAGGAUAUAGAACACCGCCUUCGAAUCUUAAAUGUCAAGAUGGAAGACCGGAUGGAUGGUCGGGGUUAUAUUUGCAUGGUGUUUAAUCGACUCAUGCGAAAGGUUACUCAAGGUCCACAGUAUUUUAUUAAUCCAGGAGGAGGUGAGUCGUAGUAAUAGGAAGUUUCGUUAAGAAUUUGCCCUU